AAAGACAUGAGAGUUUGUGAGCUCCUUCAAAAUCAAGGACGCGAGUGGAAUAGAGAAGAAGUGGAAAGAAUCUUCCCACCACAGGAAGGAAACAUCAUUGAGAGGGUACAUAUUGGUGGACAAGAGAGUGAAGAUGUCUAUGUGUGGAACUAUACCAAGACAGGCCACUACACAGUGAAGUCAGGGUAUUGGGUUCAGUGCAAUGAAGUGGGAAAGCGCCGUGAGCCUACGAUGAUGAAUCAACCCAGUUUUGACUUUCUCUAUCAGUUGGCGUGGAAAUCCAAAGCAAGCCCGAAGGUACACCACUUUCUGUGGAAGUGUAUCUCGAACUCCCUGCCUGUAGCGGAGAACAUGAGGAAGAAACACAUGGCUCGAGAUGGACAGUGCCUCAGAUGUGCUCACGGGACAGAAACAAUUAAUCACGUUCUAUUCCAAUGUCCGUUGGCAAGACUGGUCUGGGCCCUAUCCUCCAUUCCCACGCUUCCGGGAGGUAUUUUAGAUAACUCACUCUACUCAAAUUUGUUUCAUGUUCUGAAUCUAGAGAAAGAGUAUUCAAAAGAGGAUGUUCAAGCCGAUAUUGGCCCUUGGAUUCUGUGGAGAUUAUGGAAGAACAGAAAUGAGUUUAUUUUCCAAGGGAAGGAGUAUGAGGCGAUGAGUAUUCUCCGGAAAGCAAGAGAGGACGCAGAGGAAUGGAAGGACAGGGAGAGGGGUGAAAAAGAUGAGGUUGAAAAGAUGACUGCAAGCAGGACCCCAAGAGUCAAUCCGGUUCACAAAUGGAAGCCACCCCCUACAAAUUGGCUCAAGUGUAACACUGACGGUGCGUGGCACAAAGACAGAGAGAACUGUGGACUCGGUUGGAUCUGUCGAGAUAAUAAAGGGAAGCUAAUUUGGGCGGGAGCAAGAGCGAUCCAAAGGCUAGGGUCGAGUAUAACGACAGAAGCGGAGGCGUUGCGAUGGGCAGCUGAGACUUUGGUGAGGUUUGGGUAUAAGAGAGUGAUCUUUGAAACUGACUCUUUAACCCUUGCAAAGAUGUUAAAUGGAGAGGAAACAGUCUGGCCCAUUCUUCAGCCAACUUUACAGGUUAUAUCUCAUCUUCUGUCCAAAAUACCUGAAGUUGCAGUGCAGUUCAGUCCAAGAGGAGGAAAUAAGGCUGCUGACAGGAUAGCAAAGGAGACUUUUACUUACACGUCUAAUGUCCCUAAGUUAUAUUCUGUAGAGCCAAGUUGGUUGAAAUUUAAAGUUAGGAAUGACAAUCCCAUGUAUGGUGAACAAGAAGGUUAAAUGAAAGUUGAAAUUUGAGUUAAAAAAAAAAAAAACAGAUGUGUGAUACGGCUGAUCAACUUCUCUACUUUGGGAAAAUUUGAAUAAACUAUGAAGUGGCUUCCUUCCGGUUAAGGGUAUUCCAGUUAAGGGUAUGACUGAUUUUUCCGCUACUAUCCGCAAACGCAACUUUUUCGGUUGGUAGUGGUUGACAUUUUGUAACAAUCGCUCAAACUGCUCCAAACUGCU